AUGCUGCUUCACGAGAAGGACCAGGACGUAUUCAAGCGCUGGAUACUGCCCAAACUCGAGACAAUCUCUGACGCAGAUGCCGAGGUGCUUGCCGACUAUGUCAUCGCCCUCGUAGUCGUGAACGACUCGGAGGCGAACAUCAAGCGCAACUGUCUCGAAUCGCUCUCGGACUUUCUUCAAGACUACACCGAGCCAUUCGUAAACGACCUUCUCAAGGCACUCAAAGACAAGAGCUAUGUGCGCGCGCCGGCGACAGUGCCAGCGACAGUGACCCCGCAGACAGCACCCAUACCCUCCAUCGUGGGCACAUCGAACUCUGAAUACGAACCCCAUCCAUCGGUCACGACGAAUUCGCCGCUGUCCAGAGCACUGAAAGGACCCAAUGCGCAACAUCGUCUGCCCGACCGACCCACCGGCCCUUCACCUUCACGAGAUGUGCAGCAGGAUGGAGGAUGGCAGUCAAGGAAGCGCAAGCUGGCUGAACACGAGACCAGCCAGCCGCGCGAAGGGCACGACCCACACUACAGCCGUGCGGGUGGUAGUAGACCGCUGAAGCAGCCUGCGCGCAGAGGCGGUAGAAACGCUCACGGUGGAGGUCUUGAACCGCAGUUCGCCUUUCCUGGGUUCCCAGCAAUGCCCGAUCUAUCAAGCCUGCCCCCGCAUUUCCCUCCACCUCCACCAGGUGCUCCUCCGUUCGAUCCCGCCAACCCCAUGGCAUUCUUUGCUAUGAUGGCAGCUAUGGGGUCGGGUCUACCAGGGAUGCCUCCGUUGCCUUUCCCUAAUCCGCAAGGAAUUGGAUUGGAUCAGCAUAAGCGUAAAGAGCGAUGUGUGGACCUUCAGAGGAAGGGUGUUUGUUCUUUGGGCGGCAUUUGUCCUUACGAACAUGGAGAUGCUAUUGCCGUUCCUGCCGACGCUGUGCCCGAGUACGAUCCAGAACACUCGUUUCUCGCCGUGCAACCUCAUCGAGGGGUCAAGGAGCAAGGCACACAUCGUGGCCAAACUCGUGGGCACACUCGAGGCAGUAAAGGUGGACGCACACGUGCACCUUUCUCUCUACCUGGACCGUCGUACGAUCGCUCCAAUACCACGCUAGUCGUCGAACAAAUACCGGAAGACGACUUCAACGAAGAUCAUGUGCGAGAUUUCUUCCUGCAGUUCGGAACCAUCGUUGAGAUACAGAUGCACGGCUACAAGCGCCUGGCUAUCGUCAAGUUUGAAGAUCGCGAUGCUGCGGACCGAGCCUAUCAUAACCCCAAGGCUGUCUUCGAUAACAGAUUCGUCAAAGUAUAUUGGCACAAGUCGAACUCUGUAUCAGUGCCACCUGAUGGUACAUUUGGUGACAUUGACAUGGGCGGACCCGAUGCCGAGCAGGAAGGAAGGCUAGAUCCAGAGGAGAUUGCGAAGCGACAAGCUGAAGCACAGAAAGCCUUUGAAGAGAGGCGGGAAAAAGAAGAAGAGGCAGCCGCUAGAGCGGAAGAGAUUGAGAAGCAGCUGAAAGAGAAGAACGAAGAGAUGAAGACUAUCAAGCAGCAACUUGCAGCUUUAUCGGGUGAUCAGUUGGGCAAUCUUAACGGGGACCCCUCUCAAACUCUUGCUACCCUGCAAGUCGAAGCCGAAAAUCUCUUUGCGCUGCACGAUGGGACAGGGGCACCCAGAGGCCGUGGUCGCGGUGCAGUUCGUGGAGGUUAUCGCGGCCGCGGAUAUGCUCCUUUCCCACCUCGUGGACGCAGCUACCCCCCUUUCAGAGGCGGGUACCGUGGUCGUGGCUUCCCUGCUACUCCUUUCCACGCCGGAAGGAGCAGCGUGAAGCGACUAGACAACCGUCCACGACGUCUUGCUGUUGCAGCGAUCGAGGCCGACUCUCCGAGGGACGAGGCACUUAGGCAGUAUCUAAUCAAUGUUCCUGGUUGCACGAGCAUCGAGCGACAUCCCGAACAGACGGAUACGCUCAUCAUUACGUUCAAGGAGCGGUAUCAAGCUGAGAUGUUCCUCGACGAUUCUCGCAAAAUACCCGACGUGGGCAUCCUUGACCUCUCGUGGAUCCCUAACAACGCAUUCGGUGGCUCCCAAUCUACUGCCGCUACCGUGAGCAUCGACAACGAUGAAGCCAGCGACGAUGACUCAUCCGCUACCAUUGGAGAGCAGAACAACAAGGCUAGUGGUGCUGAGACUGAGCAGCAGCCUGGGCAUGCGGAUGCGGACAUGGAUGUUGCGGAUGACGUGGAUCAAUGGCUGUAA